UUACCAUCGAAAAUCGUGGCACAGUUCAGCAAACGGCGUUUAAAGUAUAACAAAGUUUAUAUUGAAGAGAGUUUGGCGGUAUUUCUGGCUCGAGGUGAAAUGACUGAGCAUGAUUUCGACAUUAUAGCUGAUCGUUUACUGUCUAAGGUGGCCGUGUAUCCAAAAAAAUGGCAAGUAAACGCAGUGAGUGGUGUAUUGGAAUAUGCUGACGUCAAAGUCGAUCAACAACCACAUGCAGUUGAUGAUGAAAAUGCAGCGGAAAUCGAUGGAGAGGUCGCUCAACAACCGUGUGCAGUCGAUGAUGAAUGUGUGACGGAAAUCGAUGACAAGCAACAACCAAUGAUUGUGCAUCAGACAACUUGGGAUCGUGAUAUCGUGGCCGCCAAAUGCAUUCUCAUCAAAGGACAUUGUAACCUGUUUGGACUGGAUAUCCCGCUAACAUUGCAGAGACCACGUCGACAACAAGCAGUUCAAAAUAAUCAACAGCCUUAAGCAUAACCAAUCACUAUUUUAACUCGAAAAUUAAUUAAAAAUUAAUAUUGUAAUUUUGUUACACUAACUGAGACUGACUGUUGUGUCUCAGCAUUUCGAGGAAGUACUAUCAAGGCUCUGUUUUUCUAUAUGGGAAACACCCUAAUGUACUCGACGAUUUUUUGGAUGCAGCAACAAAAGCCAAUGCAAUAAUUACGGAC